CGACGAGGCGUCGUGGGCGUCUUCUUUACCUCCUUGGAUCUCAACCCUGGUAGGGACUCGAAGUCGUACGGCAGGACCGACACUUAGUCCACGAACAAACUUUCCUGACAGGCACAAAAUCGAGCCUCUCAUGCGCCAUCACCGGUCGCACAUGUCAACACGGGUGGUGGAUGGGUUCAGGCGAAGAGGCAACGGCAUGAGAAGGAGGUGGCUGGCUGGUUGCUCUGAAUGGACCAUAUUGGAAGGCCUGUGAUGUCUUAUCAUUUGCAUACGGGCUUCGGUGGAUCUUACAAUUCGCAAGAAGAGAACAUCAACAACUCCUACAGUUCUGGAGGACAUGAAAGUGCGAACAACCGAUACCCCACUCAUGCGUCCUAUCCCAGGGAUAUUCGACAACCACACGCCAGUGCCUCCGGCUAUGAUUGGGCUGUACAACACCAGCAGAACUUUCCGAAUAGCGCGGACCAACGAACGGCGUAUAAUACCAACGCCUGGGACGAUAGGAGGACGCAAAUCACACCUGACGACGACCGGACCCGGCAAGGCCAGCACGCGACACAGGCUGCGGCAGGUGGUGGCGGCAGCGGACACGCUUAUUACAAUCCUACACCCUCAAACUUGGCGGGGCAGAACAACAAUUCACGUUUGAAUAAUCUGGCAUAUGUAUCGGGAUUGGAUGACACGGCUUUGCAGCGACACGAGCAUCACCAGCAACACUCAAGUACAGCUUCGACUGUAAACCAUCCUUCAACUGCGGUGAAUCGCGUACGGUCCCCAGCCACAACUCACAGCACAUCGCGGUAUGAGAACGCCCAGCCUUCAACGUACGGGUAUGGGAGUGGUCUUCCCUCCCAAAAUCAGCAAAACCCAUUGUUAGGAGCACUAACAGCGUUUGAUGGGGCUGUUAACGCCCGCUUUCAACAGGGCUCAGCCGCAAUGGGAGGUCAUUCGUCAACUUCGCCAGUGAUGGAGAACUCUAGUUCGAGACAACAAUUCUCCCAGAGAGCGGCCUCACCGUACUAUCAACCUCAGGUCACCAAGACGCAAGCCCAGGGUUGUCGGUCCUCUACCACGUCCCAGGCCAACUAUGGGAGAACUACCUCGGCAGCGUCGACUACUCAGGAGAAAGCCCGGCAGAUUGCAAACAUCAGUCAGCACAGAAGAGGACCAAGUAUGGAGUCCUCGCAUGGCAAUGCGCAACCUCAAGUUCAAAUGGUAAAGAGUAUCUCGAACCUCCUUACUCUCUCGGCGGAGGAGCCGCCGCGGAGUCAACAUUCGGCAGCACUUGAACCGCAGUCGAUGCCGAAUUAUAUUGACCCUAGCCAGGUAUUCAAUCCGUUCCAUAAGGAACAUGAGAGGAGGCGGAGAGAAAUAGCUGCUCAAGCUGAAGCCGCAAUGAGGCGAAAGGCAGAAGAAGAAGUUGCCGCGAAAAGGAAAGCCGAAGUAGAAGCGAUAUCUACAGCGGAGAAUCGAGAGCAAUUGACCAGAGCUCCAGCUGCAGUUACAGCUACUCCCAAUAUCACUAAAGCCAACAAAAUGGCGAAUCAGACGAAACAGACCAAAAGAACCACUUCUCCGGUCCAGAAACCUUCUGAAAAUGAACAUCAGCCCGAUAGACAACCAAAUUCCAUGGACGGCGAGGCGGAUAUGGCGGCUGGACUUAAGGUUAUGAUGGAAAAGAUGCAAGAGUUUCGAAAUAAAGAUCCUGCCCUUUUUCAAAAGCUCUGGGACGAUAUGCGAAACACAUCAUCGGUCCCGUCAGUCCCGUUACAAUCUCCUUCCCCUCAGAUAAGAACACAGCAGGCCCUUCCGACCACCCAAAGCCGACCUAGGCCGAAUGGAUACCGAGUUGUCGUUGAGAACAAUCCGGAAGGAUUGCCUGACUUAGGGCGCUUCCCUGCUGAACGACGUAUCAGAGGGACAUACAAUAACAAGACCUCGUCCGAAACUGAGACCGCGACCGUUAAAGAAGCCAAAUCGACCGGACCUAUCCCGAUCUCCAAACAAGAAACUAUCACAACUCCUGCUGAGCAACGAACUUCAACUCCAGCAGUACCGUCAAUUAAAAAGACAGUCCUCCUCUCACAAGGCUUCCCGCCUCCUCAGUCAACCGGGGAGACUAUGUGGCCCGAAGAUAAACGGAAUACUCUCGCACAAGUAGCCGUCAGAUUUCUCAAAGCUAGCCCCGAAAAUAAGGAAAGCGAGAUCACCACUGAAGACAUUCAUACGAUACUCGAACAGAAUCCGAGUUAUACUGAUUUGUGUCUAAUGCUCGAGAAAAAGGGCCUUAAAUUUCAUCGAGGUCAGUUCGCGAGACAACUUCUAAGCGACGUACCACAGCUGAGAGGGCCAUUGAAGACUCCGCUUCCUCAAGCUCCUCCCGCUCCGUUGGCUUCUCAGGCCCCGGUCCCGGCACCAGCUCUCGAGAUUUCUGCCGCUUCAGCUCAGUCAGCUGUCAUGCCUCCGGGGCCGUUACCGGUCAAUACCCCCGCUCCUCCUCCUCAUAUUCCUGCUUCUGCACCUACUCCCGGCGCUGUUCCUGUAAUAAAGUUCAACACCGGGUUUCAGGCGGCAAGACAAUCUCCUUUUCGCGGCCACCCGCCCGCUUCUCUACAUGGUCAAAUGCAGCGACCAAAGCCUACUAGGAACCACCACCAACCUCGCGCAGAACCCACGCCCGGUUCGAAGGAAGCAAUGGCACGAAAACGUGACUUCUCGGAGUUAGUCGAUCUGACAGCAUUGAGCGACAACGAGGACUACGUGAUGUCGAAGAAACAGGCACGAGUCGACAGCCCUUCUCCUGAACCGACAGAUCUAUUUCAGAAGCAUCAGGACCAGCCCUCACAUGCACACCCACCUCCGCUUCCUGUCCCAUAUACGGGCCCAGGGUACCCAGCUCCACUUCGGUUUGACCCCAGAUUCCCUCAACAGCCACAAGGUUAUGUUCCAUUACCUCAUUAUCCACCACCUCACCUUCCUGCGCCCUCAGUUGCGCCGCCACCACCGCCGCAGCCACAUCGGCCCAUCAGAAUACUUGCUAAACCUAUCAAUAAGCAGGAAGCCCUGCGCAAGACCUAUUAUGACGCCAAGACAGUAGCUAGGGACGUUCUAAUUGCUGCUGGCAGACAUCCUACUGAACGGCCACUCAAUGCGCACAUGGCAGGUCUUCUGGGGAAAUAUGUUGAAUUUGACUCUGAUCUAAGCACCUUUGACUGGAACGCAAUAGAUCCAGGUGGACCCCUAGCACCCCAAGUUCCCUACGCCGAUGUCCCGACCGAGCCUCCUCGAUUUCGUCUGGGAGAAGCAGGGAUCCGGCGUAGAGGCCAAGUCCCGCCUCCGCAGUCUGAGACUGUCCAGAAAGGCUUGUUACCGGAUCAGGGAAAGCGCAGAAUGUCCCCGCCUGCGCUCGCACCUGUAACCGCGACCGCGACCGCGACCGCGACCGCAACGAGCACAGUUGGACCUCCUGCACCAAAAGUCAAGACAAGACCUCCGCAGCCCCCGUCUCCUACAUCACUCUCGCAAGUCAGCACGAAAUUGCAAAGUCCUCGUGUGUCCCUUCGCUCUCAAGCUAGAGAGACGGAGAAGGUGAUUCCGAAGUCGACUCCGAAGUCGGUAAUUCCUCAGAAGCGAAGGCAGAGCCUCAUUUCCUCAAACAGCUCUCCUGUCUCAGAUCGAAGGCAGUCGACUCGAUCUGCGUCAACUCAAGUGCCUUCGACGGUGGAAUCAAAGACAAUGAGCACUGGCGUAUUUUUCUCAAGCGGGAAGAGACGAGGGCGGCCUCCUGGAGCCAAAAACCUCCAGCCUACCGUUACAACGAUGAAGAAGGCCGCAGUCCAGGAAUUAUCUUCGAUUGAAGUCACCAUUCCUUCACCUGCUUCGCCAAGCCUUCCUGUUUUCAAAUGUCGAUGGCGGGGUUGUAAGGCACAUCUUCACAAUCUCAAGACGCUCCAAAACCAUAUCUCAAAAGUCCACCGACCGACGGCGGAGGUGCUCAAAGAAGACGGCGGUUACAUCUGCUGGUGGAAGAGGUGUGAAUACCUUGUAGAUGACGGCGAAGGCUCUCUUCGUCCCUCUGAAAUAUUUGACAACCUGAAAGACUGGCUCGGACACAUUGAGGAGCACAUGAAAGAAGUGGCGUCCAAAAUCGGGGACGGUCCAACAACAAAGAUCAUCGGUAAGGAAACCAGUGCUGCACCAAAAACCUUUGAUGUCUCAAGAUUCGUCUUUGAUCCUCCCUCACAACCUUCUUCGACUUCCUUCACUAGAACAAUUUCUCACACAGAUCCUCAGACCCUCCUCCGUGACAAAGUCCGCUACCUAUCAGACGAACAGGGGAGGAUAACCACUCCUGACGUGUCGGUCAAGUCCGUACAAGACGCCUUGGAACCUGACACGAUGACGCUACUGAAAGCCGAACGCAGCGAUGCAGAGAAACAAGCCCAAAAAAGUUUUAUGAAGACACACCGCACGGAGAAGAGUAGCCCGAGGGCCGUCGCUGAAGAAACUCUGAAAGCCAUGGCAGCAAGAAAGGCGAAAAUCGGGCCUGGGAUCGACCGUGGUGGGUGUAUACUGGUGAACGAGGCGAGGAGGGCCACGUUGAUUCAAAACCCGGGAAUCCAGAGGGUGGUCGAUGGGGAUUAUUGACGACACAUCACGCAAGUCACGAAGAUGAAGGAGCAUGUCGCCUCCCCAGCGCAGCGCGCUGCUUGCGAUCUGCAGGGGUUAGAUAACAUGGUUCCUGUUAAACGACGACACUCUGCAAACAGAUAUGCUUACUUCGACGAGAUGUGUGGCGAGACAUACAGUGGGAAAAUCGGCCCUGGUGGACGAGCCUCUACGCCAGCACAAGUCGUCUUGUUUGCCUCGUCUAUCUCUAUGCCAUGGAUGAUCUAAGAAUGAGCUCCACAUGAAAUGUGGGACACCCAGUCGAGCAAGCUUUGUGUCUUCUCCAACCCAGGCUCGGAUGUUGAAAAAUAGCUGAGGUGCAUAAUCACAGAAAUUGGUGCUGGUGAUCCAUUUGCGGCACAGCGAAAGCAUGGUAAACUUAGGGCUUAUUCGUCGGCUGGUAUGGAUACAGUAGCUCAACGUGCUUUUCCCAAGGGUUCCUUUUUAUUUUUGGUCUGAAGGUCUCCCAGUGCCGUGCAGUCGCGCGGGAGUAGUAAUACAUAUUUUUACAUGAGGACCGUUAGGAACUAAGAUUCGAU